UUUGCGCAUCAUCAAUCCAGAGAGCAUGACACACGUUUGGGAGGUACAACAGAAACAUUUACCCUGCAUCCAAGACCCGCCUGGUGUUCAGCUUUACACAAAGCUGGGCUCUGGGUUACAGAAGGGUGACAAGGUUCUGGAUGUACUGCGGUGUGGCAGAGGGUCCUCUUCUCUGGAAAGCUUUCAUCGCCAUCAGUGCACUUUCAUUCCAGGUAUGGGGACAAUACCAUAUAUCAAUACCAAGAAUAUGAUGUCUGUAAUUAAGUAGUGUUGUCACAAUACAGGAAUUUCUAACUUCGGAACAAUACAUCAAAUACCAUUUUUAAUAAGACAGGGAAAAAGUGCCACAAAAUUAAAGGAAUAACAUUUCUACAGAUUGUGGUCAAAAGUAAAUCAGCUUUAAUUAGUAAUCAGCUUUGGUAGUUCUUAGAGGGGUUUAUAAUGGUAUUUUUACAGUGUGUGCCGUCAUAAAUUAUCCCUCACUUUUCAUUUGCAUAAAAUAAAAAAUCAUAAUUAGUCUGUAUGUUUACAAAGCUGCAAUGAACCAUAGAAUAACAUCAUACAUAAUGCAUUCAAUGCAUUGUUUUAUUCACAGACUGUUCAUGACCCAUGGCCAGGUAGCCCAGAGACCUGAUGUUAACAGGAUUUCAGAAUGCAUCGCACUCAAUCUUUUGAAGGAAUUCAGGGAAGCCAGAAACAGGCCUAAAGACAAUAAGGGCAAAACCUUUCCAAUUGCUCAGGCAAUUGUGAUGAUGUAUAGUCACAUCAAGCAGCUGCUUGAAGACUGCCGAGAGCUGCUCGACAAGACCAACCUGGUGCUAGUUACAAUCAACAACUCUACAGUGUCAUCUUGGCUUCAUGACCGACAGAAAAGAACUGACCGGGACACCUUGCUGCAAGGAGUGGAGCUUCCCCAGCAUAUUGGUUUAGCGAAAGAGCCGCUGCCAAAGCCUAGAGAGCACCCAUCUGGACCCGUUGAACAUGGACACGUUCCCAUUGAGUUCCAGGAGCCUGAGAAUCUGGAGGGUGAGGCAGUCAUUCGCCAACGUAAAUAUGCACGAACUGGAACUGCAGUGUCUUCAAAUGCACACACAGGCACUGAGCUAGGAGACACAUCUCCAUAUGGCACAGACUAUUCUCCUGCUGCACAGAAUAUUUUUUUCUGCCCUGAGGCAUAGCACUUUACUGGGAGGCAUACUUGGCCUGGGUGUUCUGAUUGGUCUUUUUCACCAGGUUAUCCAUCAUUAGCUCCACCACCACCACCUCAUGUUUGGUCUUCCCUUCCACCAGGCCAACAGCCAUCAGCUCCACCACCGCAUUCUAAUGAUUGGUCUUCCUAUCCACCAGGGCAUCAGCCAUCAGCUCCACCACCUCCUCAAAACCGACAACGUGCAUGGAGGCUCCACAAGGCAGCACUUGAGGAUCAACAGUGUGUGGCAAGAGGGGAGCCACCAAAGAAAAGGCACACAAAAGACGACUUCCACUAUCAAUGCAAAAUGUGUGGCCAGUCAAAAAGCAAACUUACUGGUCAUACUCAGCAUAAAGGAAAAUGGUACUGUCCAGCAUCUGGCCAGAGCAUUACAGAGUGGAAAGACUCUUUAUAGGUUACAAUGUGGUGUUGGUGUUUUUAAUUCCUUUUUUACGAAACUUGUCAGUUGUCUUAACUCUAGCUAAAGUAAAUUUUACGUAGUGUAUUAGGUAAACAGAAUUUGAAGGAUCUCUCUCUCUCUCUCUCUCUCUCU